AUGUACGCACUGCAGAUGCAGACUGCCUGUCAGGGCGAUGGCACUGGUGAACCUGAUGAUCCCAGCAGCCUUCAUCAGGAACCAGUGCGACCUGCUACCCAAGAUUGCAGCUCUUUCGAUAUUGUCAGAGCCACGCAGUAUGGGGCGUUGGAGCGAGUGACACAAUUGGUGGAAGCUGGUGCCGACGUGAAUCAGCCAGAUUCGGAAAAUGUGACGUUAUUACAUUGGGCUGCUAUAAACAAUCGCAAGGAUAUUGUCAAAUAUCUCAUUGCAAAGGGAGCCGUAGUCGAUGCUAUCGGUGGUGAUUUGGCGUCCACACCGUUGCAUUGGGCCACGAGACAGGGCCAUCUUUCCGCGGUUGUAAUUCUAAUGAGAGCAGGUGCUGAUCCAACCUUGAGAGAUUGUGAAGGCUUCUCCUGCAUACAUCUGGCGGCACAAUUUGGCUAUACGGCUAUAGUGGCUUAUUUGGUAGCGAAAGGCGUGAAUCCAAAUAUGCCAGAUAGAAGUGCCAUGACGCCCCUCAUGUGGAGUGCUUAUAAAGUCAAUAGUCUAGAUCCAACGCGACUGUUGUUGACUCUAGGUGCAUCGCACUCACUUACCGAUAAUCUGUACGGUAAUACCGCCCUGCAUUGGGCUAUUAUAGCAAAAAACAACACGGCGAUAUCCAUCUUAGUGCAACAUGGAGCCUCAUUAGAUCUUCCCAAUUUCCGAAAUGAGACGCCAAUGGCACUACUAGGUCCGCAUAUCAGCGCCACGUGGUUAGAACAUAAAAUCAGAGACGAGAUUAAAGAAAAACAAGGUCGUACAAGAACAUGGUGUAGAGAUAAGAAAAUUCGUUGGCAUUGUAUGGUCAGUACGCCGCUUAUAGCAUUUUACGUGAUUGGUAUGGUUCUACAAAGUGGAUGGGAUUAUUUAUUAAAACUAGGUGCCUUUAUCACCCUUUACGUAGCGGUGUAUUUAAUGAACCAUUUCGUGUUCGACGAACGGCUGUUUCACGUUUUGCCUGUGUCGAUUUAUUUUGCAACCAAGCUAUGGAUAUACGUCACGUGGUUUUUCUGGCUAGGUAUCCAUGCAACGUGGUAUUUAUGGUUAUUAUUCGUCGGUGGAUCUGUUCCUCUCUGGAUAUGCUUUUUGCAGUCUUGGCGGGGUGAUCCCGGAAUUAUUACGGCUACUCAGGAGGAUAAAUUAAAUACAAUAAUUGAAUUAGCCGAAUCAGGUGGUUUCGAACCGCAAUGGUUUUGCAGUAGUUGUCUAGUUCGAAGACCCAUAAGAUCUAAACACUGUGCUACAUGUGAUCGUUGUGUAGCACGAUUUGAUCAUCAUUGUCCAUGGAUUAAUAAUUGCAUUGGUGCGCAUAAUCAUAAGUAUUUUCUUGGAUUUCUGACGUCUGUGCUAGGAUUGUGUAUCGUUAUUUUAAUUGCUAGUGUACAAUAUUGGCAAUUUGAAUGCUGGUCAAAUUUAACGAAUGGUCAUACUGCAGACAACUAUCUAGUAGCUGCAGCUACCUGCGACGCUUGGGUGAUGUGGGUAGCAGCUAACACAUCCCUUCAUUUUUUCUGGGUCGGAACUUUGUUAGCUUGUCAGUGUUAUCAGAUUAUGGUCCUGGGAAUGACAACGAAUGAACGUGUAAACGCUGGUCGAUACAAACAUUUUAAACAGGGGAAUCCGUUCCAUCGCGGUGCCCUACAGAAUGCCGCCGACUUUUGUAAUUUUAGCUUUUGUGGAGUGAAGGCGAAACCUAGCUCAGACUGGUUGCACAGUUUCGAUCUCAAACAAAGUAUCGAGAAGUUACCUUUGCUCACGCAAAAAGAUAAUUUUCAGUACGUUUAGAGUUUUGUAAGCAGCCAUGAGACGCUAAUUGUACAUACAUACAUACAUACAUACACCAUAUCACUUAUGCCUGACGUACUCCUUGGACUAUCAAAGAGUUGCUAUGAACACGUAAGUGACUUUCCAGUAUGGCAGUAAUUAUAUAUAUAUAUAUUUAUAUAUACACACACGACAA